AUGACGCCCUCGUGCCUAUUCUGGUUGCCGGCGCUGGCGCAGAGUUCACAGAUUGUAACGGCGCUGAACAAGAAAUGGCACCCCGAGCACUUCCAGUGCCACACGUGCCGCAAGCCGAUCGACAGCGCCAAGUUCCACCAGCACGACGGCGCCGUGCACUGCGUGCCGUGCUUCUCGCAGCACCACAGCCCUUCAAGUUAUAAAUGGCACCCCGAGCACUUCCAGUGCCACACGUGCCGCAAGCCGAUCGACAGCGCCAAGUUCCACCAGCACGACGGCGCCGUGCACUGCGUGCCGUGCUUCUCGCAGCACCACAGCCCGCGCUGCCACGGCUGCGGGGACCCCAUCACUGACCGUGUGAUCCAAGCCCUGGGUGUGUCGUGGCACGCCAACCACUUCGUGUGCGGCGGGUGCAGGAAGGAGCUUGGAGGUGGCGGUUUCAUGGAGCAGGGCGGUCGUCCCUACUGCUCUGAGUGCUACGCUAACAAGUUCGCGGCGCGUUGUGCAGGCUGCUCCAAGGCGAUCACUGACAAGGCGAUCAUCGCUUUGGACGCCAAGUGGCACCGCGAGUGCUUCACUUGCAAAAAAUGCAGGAACCCCGUGACCGACUCCACGUUCUCCGUGAUGGACAACAAGCCCCUCUGCGGCAAAUGCGCCUAAGCGCCAUCCCGAACACAAGCUAAAGUGCACUUAACUGUACUAAUGUUAAGGUCUAAUUUAUACAGCCCACCAAAUACAUACAAAGUCAGAAUGCUCUUUAGAAGCCAUAUUUUAUCACAAUUUCGCUGUAUUUCAAGUAACCUACUUUAAGCCUUUGAUAAUAAAGUUGAAAAUACAAAAAAACAGACAUUUAAAUUAGAAAUAAUGAAGCUUAAGCUUGUUUAAAUGUAAAUGUUAAGAUAUAGUGCCUAUUCCAUGACACGUGGCAAUUCUAUGUGACUAAAAUAUUUAUGAUACAAGUGUGGAAAGUAGGGGUUUCCAAGUGAGGGGCAAUAUUGUAAAAUAAGAGCAA